GUACAUUCGUGUGUACAGGCUACACAAUCAGUCACGAUUAACUCUGAUAGUAGUCUAGUCCAUUUGGGUCAAUAACGGAUGUGGCUUGUCAUGUGGCUCAUUCAAUCCUCGGCUGCGCUCCGUAUCUAAUCGGCUUCAAUAUUCCUGACAUCACAUCAACGCGGGCGCGAAAUGCCAGGCCAUUGCCUGCCAGCACUCCGAGGAUGCGGGUGAACGUUACCCGGGCCUGCCGGCGCCAUACCCUACGCCCAUUUACUGGAACCCUCUUCCCGAGGCGAACAUAUGCCUUCGAGGCACCGAGCGGCGCCGUAUUCAAGGUCUUCAACAGCCGCGCAAAAUGGCUGCAAAAGGAGCGAUCUGCUGCCAACCCUGACCUCAGCCGGCAGGCCGACUAUCUGAAGGAUGAAGUCGCCAUGCGGGUGUGCGAGCGUCUGUUGGACAUCAAACGCCAGUUCCCCCGCGUCCUCGACCUGGGCGCGAACUCGUGUAACAUCGCCCGCGCGCUGACCCGCGAGAACCCGGACCCAGAACCAUCCACGCCCACUUCUCCUCCCCUGGCAACCAAAAUCUCCGAACUCAUCGCCGCCGAGUCUUCCUCCGCCCUCCUCUACCGCGACGCCGACCGCCCCUUCAACAAUGAGCUCAACCUAACCCGCCACGUCCUCUCCGACGACGAGUCCCUGCCCUUCGAACCAAACUCAUUCGACAUGGUCCUGAGCAGCUUGUCGUUACACUGGAUCAACGACCUGCCGGGCGUCUUGACUCAAAUCAACAGCGUGCUGAAGCCCGAUAGCCCCUUCAUUGGCGCCAUGCUUGGCGGAGACACGCUGUUCGAGCUGCGCACGUCUCUUCAGUUGGCGGAGCAAGAGCGGCGGGGCGGCAUCUCACCGCACGUUUCCCCGCUCGCGGACGUGCGGGACGUAGGCGGGCUGCUGGGAAAGGCCGGGUUUCAGAUGUUGACGGUCGAUGUGGAGGAUAUUGUCGUCGACUACCCGGACACGUUCGCGCUGAUGCAGGACCUGCAGGCCAUGGGGGAGGGGAAUGCGGUACUGGGGAGGGAGAUGGGCGCGAUUGGCCGGGAUAUCUUACUCGCGAAUGAGGCGAUCUACAGGGCGCUGCAUGGGAAUGAGGACGGGAGUCUGCCGGCAACGUUUCGGAUUAUUCAUAUGAUUGGAUGGAAAGAAGGCGGGAAUCAGCCGAAACCGUUGAAGAGGGGGAGCGGGGAGGUGAGUCUGAAGGAUAUCUUGGAGCAGAAAUAGGGGGUGGAAGCGCGCAAGGAGUAGUGUAAAUUAAGUACGGGGCUCCAGCACAUAUCCUGUUUUGGAGUAUUGAUUGCACUCCCCGUGGGUUGCAUGAUAAUUUGGCCGGUGUUUUGCAGCUAAGUAUCAGUCAAGCAACGUCCUGAUGCUGGGAUACCGCCUCGUGUUCCAAAGGUCACUUAAAACUCAUCACAAGCGCCACCGCCUCUAUGAGUACCAAGGACUAGUUUAAAAAGCUCU